AUGAAACUUGGCACAGCCCCCGGACUACCGUUCUAUAUUUUGCUGAGCGUGUAUUACAAAUUAUUCACCGAGAUCAUUCUCACGCGCAUGUCCAGGACGCUGGAUGAAGCCCAGCCUGACGAACAAGCUGGAUUCCGUCAAGGGUUCAGCUACAUGAACCACAUCCAGACUCUGUCGAGGGUAGGAAUACCGCCUGUUCCUUGUUCUAACCUUCGUCCGCUGGACGAUCAAAAUGUUGACGCGCCGCAUGCGAGAACAUUAGCCAAUUUCUACGAUCGAUGCACCACUAGGAUACAGCUUUUCCAACGCCUCCUCACCAUACUUACUGAGAGGGGGUACGACAAGGCGAUAUCAUAUCACCGAAGCUGUUUAUUACAUUUGCAUUCCAAUGGACAAUGA